UUAUUUGGAUUUUCUCAGAACGUAUCCUAUAACGCCAGUAACAAGUGUCAAUGUCAACUGUCAAUAGAAAUCGGCUUUGGCUCGAAGUAACCAGAUGAUUUUAUUUUGAAAAUUAUUAAUUAAAAAUGAAAUUAUUAUCUAAAAUAUUCCAACCUGUGAUCACAAUACCUAAGGGUGCGAAGAUAAAGAACACGGAAAUAACAUGUAAAAGUCAGAAACUCUUGUUAGAAUGCGGUCUGGUCCGUCCAACGAGCACCGGUUUCUUCACCCUGCUACCGUUGGCAAGACGAGCUCUCACCAAAUUAGAAAACAUUGUACACCGCUGCUUAGAAGACGUCGGUGCUCAACAGAUAUCACUACCUUGUCUCACUUCCAGCAGGCUAUGGGAAGCGAGCGGACGUUUAGACAAAGUUGGCUCCGAGUUGUUAAAAGUAGAAGAUAGACACAACAAGAAGUAUAUAUUAAGUCCGACUCACGAGGAGGCCAUCGCCGACUUGUUGUCCGAUGUAGCUCCGUUGUCACACAAACAGUUACCGUUCAUACUGUACCAGAUUGGUAACAAGUAUCGUGACGAGCUCCGUCCUAAGCACGGUCUGCUGAGGUCGAGGGAGUUCCUCAUGAUGGACGCCUACAGUGUACACACGGACACGGACAGCGCGCUCUGUACAUACGACACACUCACACACGCGUACAGGAACGUGUUCAGAGAACUGCGGCUGCCGGUGAGGAGAGUGGAGGCUCCGUCGGGUGACAUGGGAGGCACUCUCUCCCACGAGUGGCAGCUGCCAGCUCCCUCUGGUGAGGAUUGUCUGUCUGUGUGUCCGUCUUGCUCACACACCACCUUACUGGAGCAGGGGAAGGAGGGCAGCAAAUGUGUCGCGUGUGGGAGAGAGACGGAGAUAUGUAGCAGUAUUGAGGUUGGUCACACGUUCGUCCUCGGUGACAGGUACAGCGCCCCCAUCGUGAUGGCCUGCUAUGGUAUUGGACUCACGAGGCUGCUUGCCGCUAGUGUGGAGCUCCUCUCAUCCGAGCGUUCCCUGAGGUGGCCGCACGCUCUGGCGCCCUACAAGGCCAUAGUUAUAGGACCUAAGGAAGGUUCUAAGGAGUGGGUACAUCAUGACAGUCCUCGGUUGGAGCAGCUCGGGGCUCAGGUGGAGGCUGUAGCUGGAGACGUGGUUUUGGACGACAGACAUCACCUCACCAUAGGGAACAGAUUGCUUCAGGCUGAUAAAACUGGCUAUCCAUACAUCAUAGUGUGCGGGCGCUCCGCCCUGGAGUCUCCGCCGCGGUAUGAACUGCAUCGAGACCGAGGCGAAGUCCUAACUCUGCCGCUAAACGAACUAUUAGCAUUCAUUGAAAAUGAUAACAAAGAACGAGAUUUAAAGUUUAAAAGAGAAAGUGAAUAUAUAUAAGCAAACGUUGUUUGGUUGUUGAAACUCAAAACCAAAAGGAUUCAGUUAUUUAAUGAUAAUAUUAUUUUAAAUCCACA